UACUGACAGCUGUCAACGCAGAAAGCAAUCAAGCGCUUCUCCGUUGUACAUCAUAGGAUCCCGUUUUGCUCGUUUGAGAGAUCUUUUACAGCUAGCUGAUAAGCUAAUCUGCUAAUUUUGAAGUGUAUUUUUGGUUCAAAGUCUUGUUUCCAGUAGAGGUAAGUCGUAUAACAGCGAGUAGACAAAAACACUACGAUUUGGUCGCAGUAACUCAGAGAUAACAAAAAACAAUCGUCCUCGCGAUCGACUGUGCAACACUGCAGUGCAUUGGUGUCACUAUUUGGAAGGUGAUUUAUCUGCAGUACAUUAGUCAUCCUUGAUGGUGCAAUGAUUCGUUAAGAACAAUCGCUACUACAGCGUAGAACAAAUUAAAACCAAAAAAAAAACAUCAUCUGCGAAACGAUCCAUCGCAGCGAAUUGGAGAAGCUCGCCUAUUAACUGAUUUACAGCGCUACGGUCAGUUCCUCCCUUCUGGAUAAGCUUUUUGUACCGAAUCACAAUCGGUUGCAAUGGGACAAACACUGUCCGAACCGGAAACAUCGAAGGAAUCGGCCUUCUGUCAGAACGACUACUACAAAGUAGGCUCUAGCUGCAUGCAAGGAUGGCGCAUACACAUGGAAGAUUCACACACUCACAUCCUGUCGCUGCCGGAUGAUCCGGGGACGGCCUUUUUUGCGGUAUACGAUGGUCACGGUGGUGCCAACAUUGCACAGUACGCCGGUAAGCAUCUGCACAAAUUUGUCACACGAAGGCCCGAGUACGGAGACGACGUAAAGCAUGCACUUCAGCGAGGAUUUUUGGAUGUUGACGAGGCCAUGCUAAACGAUGAAUCGUUGAAGGAACAAAUGGCUGGCUCAACUGCGGUUGCGGUUGUGGUCAAGAACGAUCGGCUGUACUGUGCAAAUGCAGGCGACUCGCGGGCGAUCGCAUGUGUGGGAGGCAAGCUGGACGUACUUUCGUUUGAUCACAAACCGAACAAUCCCAGCGAGCUGGAACGAAUAAAACGAGCCGGAGGCUACGUAGAAUACAAUCGAGUCAAUGGAUAUUUGGCUCUUUCGCGGGCGUUGGGCGAUUUCAGCUUGAAGCGAAGCAAUGACAAAUUGCCGGAAGAACAAGUAGUGACAGCGUUCCCGGACGUCGAGGAACGGCAAAUCAACGAGGAUUGGGACUUUUUGGUGAUUGCUUGCGACGGGAUUUGGGACGUUCUGCCAAGUCAAUCAGUGCUGGAGUUCGUACAAGCGGAGAUCGCUCAAGGGAUUUAUCCACAGAAUAUUUGUGAAAAUCUGAUGACGCGCUGCCUCGCACCGGACUGCCAAAUGGGUGGCAUCGGAGGAGACAAUAUGACCGUAAUUAUCGUUUGUUUUCUACACGGACGUCCCUACGAGGAUUUGGUAACGCGAUGCAAGGAACACGUCACCGAUAUGAACCAGAAAAUGGCCCAAAUGUUUAUCGAUCACGAGUCUAGCUUUGUUCCGGAAACUUCCAGCACUAAAGUUUCUUCGCUAGAACCGGCCGAGGAAAGUUCGUCGCCGACAUCGUCACCCGAACAAUCCCCGAAAGCAUCCGGUCGGUCGGCCGAGAAGGAAUCGAGCACCGCCGAGUCUUCGCCGGACGAAGACGACACUAGCGAGGAGCUGGAUUUGAAAUAAGUACGGCUUAAGCGACUGUUGCUUUAAGUGUUCUAUUUUUAAAAUGCUCCCAUGUUCUGUGGCUCCUUCCAAAUUGUAAAAUUUUGUAGGUUGUUAUUGUCUAUCUUGUUUCUGGAGUUACUGAGAAAAAUUUUACGUUAGAUGUCGUUUUUUGUGUAGGAAGGGAAAGUUCGUUUCGAUUUCGAUUGACCAGACUUUGGCUAGAUUGGCACUCGAUUUCGAUAGGCAACUGUCGGGAAUUAGUCUGUUUGAUGUUUUCAGGAUCAAAUAAAACCUAUUCUGCUAUUUCCAAGAUGUCGAAAGAAAAGAUACAACAAAUAUCAAGGAUGUAACAACCAUUUCGUAGAAACUUGUGCUGGGUUCGUCCCAUCGCUUCCCAAAAUCCACCGAUUGCGUAUCAAACGGACUUUAGUUGAAAAUGACGACUAUGUAGAUUACAAACUAGUGUUAUCGUUCCAUAUAUUUUGCAGCAUGGUAUACCUUUUUUAUUGGCACCAACUUUGCUCCUAGACAAUAGGACAUCAAUGGAGGUAGAAAGUAGUGUGAGUGGUUGAAGCUUUACUUUUUACUCAACUUAGGUAUUUCCUUUAGAUAAUAACAGAAUAUACAAAUAUGCGAGCCAAAAAGAACUACGGAAUAUCGAUACAAAGGACAAGAUGCAAUUAAAAAAAAAUAAAAGAAAGAAUACGCUUCUCUUUAUACCUAGUAAAAAAACUGUAGUAGAACGAUUUUUAUUGUCGAUGUUUACCUGUCGCAACUGAACGGGGGCGCAAGCCGAAUCAAGCGGCUUAAGGAAAACGUAAAACUAUACUGAAAUAGUACUUUUUUAGAAUAUUCUUUCUUGUCGUUUUUAGUGAUUGUCCUUUUACCCAUAGUGAUAAGCUUUGAUAUAUCGAAAAGAGAAAAUGUAAGAUGGAGCUUGAGUGUAAGUGCGAAUAAGCGAUUUUUUUUUCUACACCUGGAAAAAUCCUUUAUACUUUGCUGCGUACUCAUGAACCUUACCGUUAGAUGUAAUCGUACGUAUGGACGAAGUCGGUGGAAACACUAGUAAACUGAGAAAAGAAAUAGAGAAAAAAUAUCCUACUGUAGAAACGAAUAACUUGACUAGUAGUAAUAGGGUAGGCGUUCUUCUAACGGUGUGAGUUUAGGUGAACUCGCAAAGUUGACAUGGAAAUGUAAUUUGGCUUUUUAGGAAAACGCCUUCGUAGAGCAGUCAGUUUCAGAGAUAUUUUCAAAUAGAAAUUUUCCAAAAAUUAAA